GGAAUAUCUUUUAUACCCCUCCCUCAUUUAAAAAAGACAAAUUGGAAGGAAGUUGACAUUAUAUUUUAUUCAAUGCUGUCAAACUAAUUUAGACCAAAAAGUUUCAAACAAUACAAAUCAAACGGAUGGAUGGAUGAGGGUUUAUAGAAACGGCGGCACCUUUGGAAAGAGGAUAUUUGGUCUGAGCAGUGAGUUUGCGUUAGGUUUCCGCCGUCUUAGUGGUUAUUCUCCUCCUUCCGCCUCCGCUGUUCCUCCUAUCUAUUCCUUCAUAUCUAUAUCUACACCUAUUCCUACUAGAAGCAAUUGUACUACUCGCAGGGUUUCUUCAUCUUCUUCGUCAUCGUUGACUGCUACUGCAAUGGAAACGGAGAAAUGGUCAGCCAGCAACGUAAGGGAUGCUUUUGUCAAGUUCUUCGAAGGAAAAGAUCACGUAAACUGGAAAUCCAGCCCCGUUGUUCCUCUCAAUGAUCCUACUCUUCUUUUCGCCAAUGCCGGUAUGAAUCAGUUCAAGCCAAUAUUCUUGGGGACGGUUGAUCCAAACACUCCCUUGAGCAAACUAAAGCGAGCUUGCAACACCCAGAAGUGCAUACGUGCGGGUGGGAAACACAAUGACCUGGAUGACGUUGGCAAGGACACCUACCACCACACCUUUUUUGAAAUGCUUGGCAAUUGGUCAUUUGGAGACUAUUUCAAGAAGGAAGCCAUCUCAUGGGCUUGGGAACUUCUUACCAAGGUUUAUGGGCUUCCUAGUGACCGGAUCUAUGCAACUUAUUUUGGAGGGGAUGCUAAUUCUGGCCUUCCUGCUGAUACUGAAGCAAAGGAUCUGUGGCUCGAGUUUCUACCGAAAGAACGUGUCCUACCUUUUGGGUCUAAAGACAACUUUUGGGAAAUGGGUGAUACUGGACCAUGUGGACCAUGCACGGAGAUACACUUCGAUAGGAUUGGGAAUCGUGAUGCAUCAUCCAUGGUUAAUAAUGAUGAUCCUACUUGUAUUGAGAUUUGGAACCUUGUGUUUAUCCAGUUCAAUAGGGAAAGCGAUGGCUCUUUGAAACCAUUGCCUGCCAAACAUGUUGAUACUGGAAUGGGUUUUGAGAGAUUAACAUCCAUUCUCCAGAAAAAGAUGAGCAAUUAUGAUACUGAUGUUUUCUUACCGAUAUUUGAUGCCAUUCAGAAGGCCACUGGAGCUAGACCAUACUCUGGUAAAGUUGGAGCUGAUGAUGCUGAUAAUAUUGAUAUGGCAUACAGGGUUGUUGCUGACCACAUUCGAACUCUUUCGUUCGCCAUUGCUGAUGGCUCUUGCCCAGGUAAUGAGGGCCGUGAGUAUGUUCUGAGGCGGAUCCUUCGACGGGCAGUUCGCUAUGGCACCGAAGUUCUGAAAGCUAAACAAGGAUUUUUCAGUGGUCUGGUGAAGGUGGUUGUUGAAGUAAUGGGUGAUGUCUUCCCAGAGCUGCGGGAGCAUGAAGUACGCAUAAGCAAUGUGAUUGCUGCGGAAGAAGAUAGUUUUGGGAAGACCUUGCUUCACGGCAUUGAGAAGUUCAAGAAGGCUGCUCAAGAUGUUGAAGGAAAUAUAUUUAGUGGAAAGGACGCUUUUGUGCUGUGGGAUACGUAUGGGUUUCCGUUGGAUCUUACUCAGUUAAUGGCUGAGGAAAGAGGGUUGGUUGUUGAUGUUAAUGGUUAUGAUAAGGCAAUGGAGGAAGCUAGGGAAAGAUCAAGAAAUGUUCAGAAUAAGCAAGAUGGUAUUGGUAUCGCGCUGGAUGCUGAUGGUACAUCACAUUUGCGCAAGACUGGAAUUGAAGCAACAAACGAUUCAUUCAAGUUUACAUGGUUUAAGGAUCAUGAAAGUGUGAUCAAAGCUAUUUGUCGAGGGCAGCAGUUCUUUCAAAGUGCUUCCGGUGACAAUGAAGUUGGUAUCAUUCUCGAAUCUACAAGUUUUUAUGCGGAGCAAGGUGGUCAGAUAUAUGACACUGGAUUACUUGAAGGACCCUCAGGAGGGUUCCAAGUUAAAGAUGUUCAAGUUUUUGGAGGUUAUGUUGUUCAUAUUGGCAAUUUCUGUGAUAAGACUGGUAGGUUUGCCGUGGGUGAUAGGGUAAUUUGUAAGGUUGACUACGAUAGGCGCUCCCGUAUUGCGCCCAAUCAUACUUGUACCCAUAUGUUGAAUUUUGCUCUCCGGGAAGUUCUCGGUACCCAUGUUGAUCAAAAAGGUUCUAUUGUCCUUCCUGAAAAAUUGAGAUUUGACUUUUCUCACGGCAAGCCGGUGACCCCUGAAGAGCUUCAAAAAAUUGAAUCUAUUGUGAAUGAACAAAUUAAAGCCGAACUGGGUGUAUUCUCAAAAGAGGCAGAGCUAUCUCAGGCAAAGCGUGUCAAUGGUCUUCGUGCUGUUUUUGGAGAAGUUUAUCCUGACCCAGUCAGGAUCGUUGCAAUUGGCCAAAGUGUGGAUGAUUUGCUUGCUGAUCCAAAGAAUGAAAAGUGGUUAUCAAUAUCUGCCGAGCUCUGUGGAGGUACCCAUAUUACAAACACACGGGAGGCAAAGGCAUUUGCUUUAUUGUCUGAAGAGGGAAUUGCCAAGGGAAUUCGUAGAAUAACUGCUGUCACCACCGAUUCUGCUUUUGAGGCUGUGAAAACAGCUUCCUUAAUCGAGGAGGAAGUGGAUGAAGCAGGAAAUACUGAUGGAAGCUUACUGGAGCAGAAAGUUGCAAAAUUGAAUAGUCGUGUUGAAACUGCUUUCAUUCCGACUGCCAAGAAGACUCAUCUCAAGGCCAAACUUUCCAUACUCCAGAACCAAGUCAUCAAAGCCAAAAAGAAAACUGCGGAAGAGAAUAUCCAGACCGCUGUUAAAGUUGCCUUAGAAAAGGCAGAAAUUGCAUCAACUGAUGGGAAGCCCUAUUGCAUUGUUCAUGUCAAUGUUGGUGCUGAUACUGCUGCAGUUCGUGAAGCAGUUGUCAAAGUGACAGAGCAGAAGGGUUUGGCGAUUAUGGUUAUGAGCAAAGAUGAAAGUGCAAACAAGGUUGUGGUGUGUGCGGGAGUACCUGACAAAAGUACUCAGUUCAAGCAUUUCAAUAUCAAGGAGUGGUUAGCUGCGGUUUUGAAUCCGUUGAACGGAAAAGGAGGUGGCAAAGGUUGUCUUGUUCAAGGCCAGGGAUCUGGCAUAGCAAAGGUCGAUGAAGCUAUGGACAUUGCUGCUUCUUUUGCUGCGCUGAAGUUGCAUUGAGAGUGAUGAUGGUGCAGUAUCCUAAAAUACACUCACAGACACUAAAAUUUCAGUGUGAAAACCAUGGAGACUUUUCAUAUAUUUCCUACAUAAUCCAUAGUGUGAAACUGGACUCUUUGGCCGUCCAAUGCAAUCUAUUUUAUUGACUAGGGAAAAUCAGAAGGAAAGUGAAAAAAACAAAAGAGGAAAAAAGAAAAGAAGAAAAAAAGUAUCGUCUCUUUUUCUAAGUUCAUUAUUAUUCCUUUUAACUAUACUAGUUUUACUCUCGCAUGUUGUGUGGAAUUUUGAAUAUUCUGGUUCAAAAUUUUAAUUAUUAUAUUCUGUCGAUUUUUGUUUUUGUUUUUUUUGCUUUUUUUUUUUGUUAAGUAUGUGUAGAAAUAACCAAAUAGGCGCUGAUUAUGAUUUUGAAUCAAGGAAAUAAUUGAGAAUUAAUUAUAGUAGCCAGAUCAAUUUCAAUUAUGAAGAUUGUUAUAUUUAUUUUGUUGGAGCAUUUAUGCUAAAAUUAACAAUAGACGAAAUUUGUUUUAAUGAUUUAACUAAUUAAUAAUUUCUACGUUUUACUUAAC